UGUGUGUGUGUGUGUGUGUGUGUUUUAAAGGUCAAUUUCUUAAGCUACAUUCAAAUGGCCUGGAGAGCUUUGCCCUCUCUUGAGCAAAGCAAAGGAUCUUUGGUGGUUGUUUCAUCACUUUUAGGUAAAAUGCCGAACCCCUUCACGCUGCCAUACAGCUCAACAAAAUUUGCCCUAAAUGGAUUCUUCGGGUCCCUUUAUCAUGAGCUGGCCAUGAAGAAAAGCAAUGUGUCAAUCUCAAUAUGCACCCUGGGGCUUAUUGAUACUGAUUCAGCCAUGGACAAAGUCAGGUUUGUCAAAUAUGCAAAAGGGCGUUACAAAUAUACCAGCCUACCCCGCCACAGAGGCCGCAUUAAAUAUCAUCAUCACUGGAGCAACAAGACAACUGGACCUUUACUAUCCGUGGUUCACACAAGUCAUAACUCUAAUAAAAGACUGGUCUCCUUCAAUAACAAACUACUUCAUCCAGAACUCCUACAACUACAUUCCAUGAACAAUAUUUGUUUGCAGCAUUAAUGCUUUUAUGGACGUACAUAUGUGUUUAAUUUUGUGCUACAAUAUCGGCACAUUAUAUGAUUAAUCAGACAGCUACCCUUAUUUGCUUUCAGUUUGCACAUUGUGUUGUUUUUAAUCAUAUAAAUAAAUAAAAAAAUCACAUUUUUGCAAAACAGACAUCUCAAGCAAACUCAAAAUUUUGGUUCUGUUUGAAACUUUACACGAGGAGUAUAACAUCUGCUCAGUGCAGUUGCUCAAUUUGAACCCAAAAUGAUGAUGGGAGUAGAAAAAA